AUGCGGCUCUGUCUGUUAGUGGCCGCCAUUGCUGGCGUGGCUACAGCUCUCCCUUCCCUCACCACCGCCUCCAAGAAAGGCGGCUUCACCAUCGCCAAACCCGGCACCAUCAAAGACGUAAAGGUCACAAAGGACAACACCCUAAACGGCACUUACCACGGCCCUACAACAACGAGAAUCAAUCGAAAGAUUACUUCGCGUGCCCUCCCCGGCCAUCUCCCCUUACAAUUUGUCAACAACUUCAGCGGUAACCAAGUCAAUGCAUACAUCCAAGGCCUGGAUUCAGACAACCGCAUCGUCUUCGUGCUCGGAGACGGCUCCCUGGUAUAUCCCAGCUCUGGAGGCUCUGCGGUUCCCGUCCCAAUCAGCCAGAAUCUUGCUGUCCCGCUGCCCGCCAAGGGAAGCACAUUCAAAAUGACGCUGCCCAUAACCCUCAGCUCUGCUCGGAUCUACUUUGCGGAAGGCAAACUGAGCUUCUUCAUGGUCAAGACGCCCAACGGCGACGGUCUGGUUCAGCCAUCCGUGUCUAAUACACAAGACCCGAGCUCAGGUCUCAACUGGGGCUUCGUUGAAAUGACUUACACCACUGCGCUGGCACUCUACGCAAACAUCAGCUACGUCGACUUUGUGGGCAUGAUUCUCAGCAUGGCCAUGUCCGUCAAGGAUGGGAGCGGCACCCAAAUCACCCGUGGCCUUUCCAGCGGCGCGGUCAGCCAGAUCUGCAAUGGUUUGCUAGACCAGACCAACAGAGAAGGAUACCCAUGGAGCAGCAGCUGCGUCGCGAGCUCAUCUGGCGCUUUGCUUCGCGUCUUAUCUCCAGGACAGUAUUCCGUCGUCAAUCCGAGCGGCUUUGCCAACUAUUGGAAUGCGUAUGCAGACCAAGUAUGGAGUCACUAUGCCUCAACACCAUUGACUAUCAAUACGCAGACUGGCGCAGGGAAUGUCAAAUGUCGCGUCUCAGGGGCAACCAUGAACUGUGACGGUGAUAAUCGCGGCUAUGCGAAGCCCAAUGCCGGAGACAUCUGGGGCUGCAACAGCGGACCUUUCGGCAUCCAGGCUGGUGAUAAUAGUGUUCAUUAUGCUGUUGUUCCUAGACUCUGCGCCGCCUUUGUCCGCUCGACGUUGUUGCUUGCGGGAGGUAACACGCAGCCUAGCCUGGAUUCAUCGCAUUACUAUACCGUCAACCCUACAAAUCACUAUAGUCGACUUGUGCACAAGAAUGAGGUGGAUGGAAAGGGGUAUGCCUUCCCGUACGACGAUGUCAACCCUGAUGGGAAUGAGAAUGCUUCUGGGACUGUUGCGUCCGGUAGCCCUGAUACCUUGACGAUUUAUGUUGGUGCUCCGCCUCCGUAG